GCGAGAAGUCGCUGACGUCACUUUUAGCGCGGAGUUUGUUGUUGGCGGAAAAGCUUUUAGUCUCAAAAAGUCUGAACAAAUUAUUUUAUUCAGCCGCAGCCUUACUGAGGUUUCCGUGCUUAAUGUUUCAGGAGUGCGGCAUUAGCUCAUGACUGCAGGGCGUUUCAUUUGAUAUUUAUUUGAGAAACUGUCGCACUUUACGACCAACUGAAGCGAUGGAGUUGUCUCCUGUCUGCACUGAAGAAUGUGUUAUCAAAUCUGACAGAGGUCACAGGAAAAGUAAAGUCUCAAGGGAUGUGGAGAUCGACAUCGAGGUUCUCUACAAAGCUGUUCCUCAGCUUGCUAAAGUUUUCCGCAUCACUGACAAAAUUGGAGAAGGUACGUUCAGCUCAGUGUACCUGGGUGAAGCUCAGAUGCGGGAUGGGAGGAGAGAGAUGUUCGCCCUGAAGCACCUCAUCCCGACCAGCCAUCCUACACGCAUUGCUGCUGAGCUCCAGUGUCUCACUGUCGCUGGAGGCAGAGAGAAUGUGAUGGGUGUGAUGUACUGCUUCAGGAAGGAGGACCACGUAGUGAUUGUUAUGCCUUAUAUGGAGCAUCAAGCCAUUGUGGACAUCAUUGGCUCAUUAAGCUUUGAAGAAGUCCGUCUGUACAUCUACCACCUGCUGAAGGCCCUGAGACACAUUCAUCAGUUUGGUAUAAUCCACCGAGACAUCAAACCAAACAAUUUCCUCUACAACAGGAACACCAAGACGUACGCCCUAGUGGACUUCGGCCUGGCUCAGGGUACAGCAGACACCCAGAUCGAGCUGCUGAAGGUAGUGAGGCAGAGGUCAUCGCAGAAAGGUGGAGGGUCCACAGGGAAACAAGACACCACACAGCGGAGCAAAGCACCACCUAGACUCCCUUCCACCACCACCACCACAGCUUCCACCUCACUACCUCUGCCUCCACGACAAUCCACAGCCCUGCCACCUUCCUCCUCCUCUUCCUCCACCACCACCACGUCCUCGUCAGCCUCUCGGAAAGCACUGUUUAAAAAAGCACGUUGUGCCACCAGCACAGUCACCACCUCCACCUCUCGCACAAAGCACACAAAGGAUUUGACAGGUCUGCGCAAAGUGCCGCGGCCUGUGUUUGGAGAGAGGAACCUGAACAGCUGCACUCCAGCUCCGUCCACCACCAAACAAGCUGCCAUUAAGACAGAACUGGUAAAACCUGGCAGAACAGAGGACCCAGUCAGUCGAAGAUACUCUUCAGCCAGCCGAGGCCCGCUGCCUGUCAGGACUCAGAGCAGCAGUCAGAAACCUCAGAGGAGCGUACACCAGAGUCUCACCUGUAACUGCCACCUAACCGACCGAGUCUGCAACAUCUGCAUGUCCAGGAAGCAGCAGGUGGCUCCCAGAGCUGGAACUCCAGGCUUCAGAGCACCAGAAGUCCUCACAAAGUGCCCCAACCAAGGGACAGCCAUAGAUGUUUGGUCAGCUGGUGUGAUCCUACUCUCACUGCUCAGCGGCCGUUACCCGUUCUUCAAAGCCAGCGACGACCUGAUCGCUCUCACUCAGAUCAUGACUAUACGAGGCUCCAGAGAGACCAUCCAGGCUGCUAAGACAUUCGGAAAGGCGGUGUUGUGCAGUCGGGAGCUUCCUCGGCAGGAUCUCAGGACGCUGUGUGAGACGCUGAGGGGACGGAGACCAUCACCAGAUGAUGAGGUCACACCUCUUAUUGAAGGCAGCAAAGACUCACCCGCCACCAUGGAUCAUAAAAUCCAAGGUGACUCGCCUACACACCGUCCCACUGAAGGAACAUUUAAGAAACACAAAGACGGAGCAGGUGAAACUCCUCGGCCUCUCUCAAACCGCACUCGCCUCCUAGCCCACCAGGAUCGUUCAGGGUGUACAAAAACCUCCACCCACCCCGCUAAACAGACCUCAGAGACAGACUGCAUGGUGCAGGAUGAUGAGCGGGGCUGGGACAAAGUUCCUGAUGAGGCCUACGACCUGCUGGACCGACUGCUGGAUCUCAACCCGGCCACCAGGAUUACAGCUGCCCAGGCCCUGCAGCACCCGCUGUUCAAAGACUUGUGAAACCGCAGAACCAGGAGCCUCAUAUCAACAUUACACAACUUUAUAUUAAGCCUAAACUGUAAGUUAAAGGCCAGUUUUUUGUCCACUCCUGCUAGACACAGGUUCAUUUAAGCAGAGUGGGGAGAAGUUCAUAUUUAAAUAAUUUUAGAUUAGAUUUUAACAUUAAUAUUCAUUCAAGACAAGUUUGAGUUGUUGAUUCACAGGCCUGCAUUUGAGAGUUAAAGUUGGUUGUUUUCAUGGCAGCUAUGGUGUAGCGUAGGGCUUUAUAUAUGUGUUGUGAAGUAACAAGAUCAGAAAGCAUUAACUGAAGACAUUAUACCAGCAUGACUAUUGGCUGUUGUCUCCUUGGGUGAACAGUUUUAUAUGUAUUUAAAUAAACAUCCAACCCUGCAGGUGUUGCUGACUUCUACAUGGAGUUAGUUACCAGACUGUCUGAUUAUAUCACUUUUCAUGUUUUACGUUUUGUACUUUUUUACUUCGAAGAUCAAAAAAAUAAUACAAAACUCAAAGAGGCUUGUUAUUGCUGUAGGUUACAGUAAUACACUGGGUCAGGUACGUCCUUUCGUAUAUAUAUAUUUAAAAAAAGUUUUUUAAAUAAGAGAGACAACAAAUAUUCUUGUUAGUCUGAACCAGGUCUUUUCAAAAGGGAAAUAUUAUACUUACUAGUGUCACUGCUGCCAAAACACAUUUUUACCCUUCCUAAUAAAUGAAAGGGCUUUAUUUGAAGGUGCGUAUGAAUCUCAUCUGUAUUUUAUGAGAAAUGUCUCAGUUGACUUUGGAUUUUCUAAUAAAGACAAAAACAAA